AUGGGUGAUAUCAACGAAACCAACGCGGUUGUUGGAAUUUGUAUCCCUAAAUCUGCAAUAUUCGCAGUUAUAGCAACAAGGUAGAAGAAGAGACUUGUAUGAAUUCAAAAGCCCUGUUUCAGUGUACUCAAAAAUGGCAACGCAUUUACUUGGAUCAAUCCCGAUUCCGAUCUCAACUUUAUCCGUUAUAAAUGCAUCAAACUAAAAGUGAGGGUUCUUGUGAUAGAUACCAAAAGCAACAUAAAAGUAGAACCUUCAGAGGUCUUAAAAGCAGGCAGACUAUUGAAGAUGGUGAAAUUAUUAUUCAGCGAUAACCUGGAUGUUUAUGGAACUAGAUUUGUGUAUGCAACAGAGACCUCAGGAUCAACCGGUGAACCUAAGACCGUAUUUGUCCCAGAAGAAUCUGUGUACUCGAACGUGGACUACUUUAUGUAAGGCGGAAGAUAAUAUCGUUUCUUAUGCAUGGCUGUUAAUACUCAAAAAUUAUCUUGUUUAGGUCACUUUUUCAUUUAACAUGCUCUUCACGGUUGAUAUGGUCCACUGCCUUAAGUUUUGAUCCGUCUUUGCUUGAGCUGUUGUUGUGGUACAAGGCUGGUUGUCAUCUUUAUGUUCUCACCGAUAAUCAAAGGACCAAUAUCCAAAUGACGAAGAAGCUGUUAAUCAAAGCGAAGCCUGAUUUUUACCAAGUCACUCCUGCAGUACUGAACCUAUUCGAUGCUGACUUUUUGAAUGAAUUGCUUAGCUCGACCAAAAUUGUGAAGAAUCUGUUAGUCGGCGGGGACACUUUCCCUGUUAGGCUUAUCAAAAGGUAUUUCAAGUGUGGUGGACCUAAAAUCUAUAACGUUUAUGGUGUCACUGAAAUGUCUGUGUGGGCGUCUUGCACAGAAUUCGACCCAUUGCGGUAAGGAGUUAUUAAUUCGCACUUUCUUUUAUUGCUUUCAGUGAUAAUUUGGCUGAUGCAUCCAAUUCUUUGCCGGAUACCGAAGUCAUUUUUGUUAAGGAAAAAGGUGUUAUUAUUAAAAGUGAUCGUCGAUUUUGCUUUGUAAAUAAUGAGAAGUGCAAUGUUAUUGUAACUGACGAUCAAUUUCAAUCUUUUGAGGAAAAUGGAGUAACCAAGUAUAAUAUUAUUGGAAGGGUAAGCCAAUCAGUAUAAUGCAAUAAAACGUUUUCAUUGCAGAAGAAAAUUCGAGGUCAAGCGAUUAGCCGAGAUGUGGAGGAUUACGUCAUCAAGACAUAUGAUUAUAUAAAAGAUGCUCGGAUGGUUAUAUUCAAUGAUUUUAUAUACCUAUUUGUUGUUACUACGGACGGCAAAAAAAUUGGAAUAAUCGCUGGAUACAGUAUCAAGAAGGUGUUUUAUAUUCAACAGUUGCCUCUAAACAACAAUGGUAAGUCGUAAGUCUUCUAACACGAUUAGGGAUCUCUUUGGUACAGGUAAAGUGGAUGAUUUAAAGUUAGAAGAGCUCAUUCGAAAUGGUAUUGUCAAUGAGGAAAGUGUAAUAUCCAGGUACCUUCGAGAAAAUUACAUCGAGGACAAGUCAAUUCCUUUCUGGACUCUUGGGUUUAGUUCAAAUGACAUCUUCGAACUUGUAAAUGAACUCAGCUUGAAGUUUAGAAUGGAUUACCAUAAGAUUAAGGAGACACUUUUUAAUCCUGGAACGACAUUGAAAGAUGUUUGUACAUUGAUCAAAGGAAUUGAGGGUAAUGCAAAUAAUACUCAGGGAUUGUUAUUAGAAGAUGAAAUGACUUUGAAUUUGAAAUGGGAAUUAAAAAUGGAGAAGUGUGUAGAUGCCACGCCUGUUAUUCAUAACGAGUAAGGUGUCGAUUAUGACUUAAUAUAGCUUAUUUAUUUCAGACACAUAGUUGCUGUAGAUAUGGCUGGCUUGGUGACUUGCUCUACCUUGGAUGGGGAAAAGAAAUGGGAAGUGAAAGAAGAGGCGGCAAUUAAAAUAUUGCCUCUUGUUACUGACGACAUUGUAGUGUACGGUAAGUUCGAAUGUCAUGAAAAUAUUUAACUUAGGUACAACUUCCGGGUUAUUACAUGUUAGAAGAUUGUGUGGAGAUCUGCUAUUCAAAGUCGAAUUGGAAAGUCAAAUCUCUUCAACUCCUGUAGAGCUUGAUGAUAGAAGUAUUUUAAUAACCUGUUUUACCAAUAGAAUAUACCAAUUAGAUAUUCCCUCCAAGAAUUUGAAUACAUUCUUGGAGUUGGAUGAAGGUUCUAAAAUACGAAAUCCCCCACCAUUUGACGAUGCCUGUUUGAUUGUGGCCACAAUCUCCGGUGAUGUCCUUGCUUACAGUUCUCCUGAUUUGACAUUGAAGUGGAUGCAAAAAUUGGAUGAACAAAUUUUAUUGCCUUUACAUGUUUUCUCCAGAAAAAUCUUGGCUUUUUCAGUAGCCGGAAGAAUUUUCGUUUUGCAAAUUGAAUCGGGUAAUAUUGUAAGUGCAUGUUUUAGCUGAUAGUAUUUUUAUAGUUGCAAAGUUUGAGUUUGAAAACUCCAUUUUUCUUAUCUCCAUGUUUGUUAUCGUCGAAUUUGUUUAUUGCUGGUGGAUCUGAUGUCAUCCACAGGAUUGAUCUUUCUGACGAUAAGUUAAAGGUUUCGUCGACCACGAUUGGAGGAAUUAAGCUUAUUUCCGGCCUUACUUUCUGUGAAAAUACUGGGAAAAUUUUAGUCAAGAGCUCGAUGGAUCGGAUGUGUAAGAGAUUUCAAUUUUUUAAAUUUGGAUGUUUAGGUUAAAACCAUGUUGAUUUAUCGAACUUUCAGGUUCAAUAUUAUCAUUUGAUCCUCAAAACAAUGCAGCAAAGAUUCUUGCCCGGCUACAGUAUCCAUCUUUUGGUGAUAUCGCCAUCAAAAAUGGGAUGAUUAUUUUGGGAAACCGACUGAACAGCAUUCAAUGUUUUGCCCUUUCAUAA